AUGUACAGAGGUGGUCAAACCUCGCCAACCCUUCAUGGACCCCAAACACCCCGACACUCGCAAACAUUUUUUGGGGCUGGUCCAAUGAACGGUAAACCCGCUUCUCGCCAUACAUCUCUAAGUAAUGUUCCCACAGUGGGUAAUUUCUCGGGACUCAGGAGCGAAACUAGUAGUAUAAGCGGAGAUAGCGGUGAGGUCAGCACACCGCCUAGUACUUAUAGUCCUCCGCGAAAGGAAGCGAGAAAAUUCGCCGGAAACAAACCCAAGCCGUUACAAUUGGUCCAGGAUAAAGAAGAAGAGGAGAAGAAGGCUAAGAGAGGAAGUUGGAUGGGUUGGGCUUUUGGUGGUGCAGCUGCUCAGAAGAAAGAGGAGAGUGCAGGGGCUGGGGCACCAAGUGAAGAUCCAAUUAUUGAAUAA